AGGGAGAGAUAAUGUGAACGGCUGUCAGGUAGAUGAGGUUUUUGUGUUUGUUUGCUGAGCUGACAGGAGGAGGCAAGAGGGUGGGAAGGCAAUUUGGCUUCCAGUGAGGGCAUGUCGAAGGCAGGAAUUCAGAGGGAGAGCUCACAUCACAGCUCAGCGCGGUGAGCGUGAGACGCACUUGUUGGACUGUGAGGAUCCGCUGUUAUGGAUGCCAUGGACGUGGAUGAGAUGGCAGAUGGAGGAAUUCCCGCAGAGCGUGAAGACGCCUUAAAUACCCGUCUAGGCAAAGAUGAAGAUGUGAACGGCGCAGAGGCCAGUGAUGAUACUCCAGACCGCAGUGCCAAAGGCGACAGCAAUGAGUGUGAGAGUGACACUGACAGCAACAAUGAGGGUGCCUGUCUGGAGGCAAUGACACCUGAUGGACACGAGUACUACCUGAGGCGGGGCAACACCCCCCGACGACGUUCGGCCCUUCGCCUGUCACGCAUCAUAGCACGCCAGCAGCUCCUACGGAGGCUGACACAAGAAAUUGAAGCUAAGGAGGCUUGUGAUUGGCUGAGAGCAGCAGGAUUCCCACAGUAUGCCCAGCUCUAUGAAGACUCUCUGUUCCCGAUUGAUAUUUCCGCUGUGAAGAGGGACCACGACUUCUUGGACCGGGACCUGGUAGAGCCUUUAUGUCGACGUCUAAAUACCCUGAAUAAGUGUGCCUCCAUGAAACUGGAUGUCAGCCACCCCAAGAAGAAAGGUGAUGACUCUGAUGAAGAUGAUCCAUUGGCUAUCAGUAAAAGGUGGACCUUUGAGUGGAGCAGCCGACGAUGGUCUCGCCUACAAGAUUUCCUAUUGGGUACCAGUGAAAGCAGCCCGACGGGUCAGGGGGAGGGUCUGCACAGCACAGUGAGCAGUGAGAGCGUCUUGACAGAUCUGAGUGAGCAGGAAAUCACAGAAACCUCCUCACUCCACAGCGAGGACUCUACCUCCGCCAUGCCUGACUCCAUAUCUAUGGCAUCACUAUCUGCUUCCUACCAAGCACCACGAGAACUUCCACACUACAACUCCUUGCCAAUUAAAAGCAGAGGAGGGCGGAGUAAAGCCAAAGAAUUUUUGCGUCGAAUGGAAAUAAUGCGCACUUGGGGGCCCUCAACAAGGAGGAAAAGCUCAAAUCGCAGGCCACCACUGGUCAUCAGUGGACCGAUGUUACAGGGGGAGGAACCUCAUGCACUACAGAUACUUCAGUGCACUCCCAUUAGCCAGUUAGAACAAAGCUACCAAACCGAUGGUGAUCCAUCCUCUGUCUUCCAUGGCAAAGAUUCUCAAGACGAACCUGUGGAGAGUGUGAGCCCCUCUGAGACCACAGUGUCCAUUGUGAAGAAACAUGACGCAAAACCUCGCGCUGCUAGCAAGCGAAGCAUUAUGUAUCUAGAGGACAUGGAGUUGCCUUCUCAGGGUAAGAGGACUGAAGGACCAAGCCAGCUUGGCAGAAACCAAUUUCACUCCUAUGAAAAUCUCCUUAUUCACAUCCCCAAAGACCAUAAGCCAGGCACUUUUCCCAAAGCUCUUUCUAUAGAGAGCUUGGCUCCAUCCUCUGGUCACAGAAUCAAUUGUCCUCAAACACAGGCUCAAACCUCUCCCCCAAACAGUGGCUUGAGCCAGCCCUGGUCUGCUAAACCUCUGUCUAAGCUGGCCAGUUCUGGAUUUCCAAAAGGCAGCAGGGUGAGUGUAUAUGACAAUGUGCCGGGGUCCCACCUGUAUGCCAGCACAGGAGAUCUUUUAGAUCUUGAGAAAGAGGACAGCCUGUUCCCUCAUCUAGAUGACAUCGUCCAGCAUGUCAGUGGCUUGCAGCAGAUAGUGGACCAUUGGAGCCGCAACGUGCUGCCUGAAGGCGACGCAGGGGAUGGGGAGGAAGGAGAGGGCAGGACAACCCCCAGCGAAGGAGAGAGAGAUGGGAUGUCUUUGAAUGACACAGACUCCACAGGCACCAAUCGGGAGAGACGGGACUCUGGGGUUGGAGCAUCAUUGACGAGACCACGUCUACGAUGGCCUAGUUUCAGGAUGUUGGAUCCUCUAAACCAACCCGUUUCACUGCAGAUAAGUAGCCAAUCAGCAGGCCAGCUCAGCCUCCUGCAGAAGUUCUCUUUGCUUCGUCUCACCGCCAUCAUGGAGAAAUACUCCAUGUCUAAUAAACAUGGGUGGACAUGGUCUGUGCCAAAGUUUAUGAAGCGCAUGAAGGUACCCGACUACAAAGAGAGGAGUGUGUUUGGUGUUCCCCUUAUCGUCCAUGUUCAGCGUUGCGGUUUUCCACUCCCUCUGUGUUUACAGCAGGCCCUCAGCCAUCUCAGAACGCACUGUCUGGACCAGGUGGGAUUGUUUCGUAAAUCGGGGGUUAAAUCUCGGAUUCAGGCUUUGAGGCAGCAGUGUGAAUUGACACCUGAUUAUGUGAGCUAUGAGGAUCAGUCGGCUUACGACGUGGCUGAUAUGGUCAAACAGUUCUUCAGAGACCUACCUGAGCCACUGCUAACCAGCAAGCUGGGAGAAACCUUCCUUCACAUUUACCAUGUAAGUCCCACUGAGGAUGUCCCAAAGGAGCAGCGGUUGCAGGCCAUCAGAGCUGCCAUCUUGUUGAUGCCAAGUGAACACCGUGAGGUUCUGCAGGCAUUACUGUACUUCCUGCGGGAUGUCACUUCAUUGGUGGAAGAGAACCAAAUGACCCCAAUGAACCUGGCUGUUUGUUUGGGACCAUCGCUGUUCCAUCUCAGCUUACUGAAGAGUGAGGUGCUGUCACCAAGGGCAAUCCAGAGGAAGUACAGCACAGGCCGGCCAGAUCAAAAAGACCUCAACGAGAACCUGGCUGCCACCCAGGGUCUGGCACAUAUGAUCACUGAGGGUCAGCGGCUCUUUCAGUUAACUCAAAAUAUUUUCUCUCUCAUUCUUUCUGGUACAGACUCUCUGUUCCCGAUUGAUAUUUCCGCUGUGAAGAGGGACCACGACUUCUUGGACCGGGACCUGGUAGAGCCUUUAUGUCGACGUCUAAAUACCCUGAAUAAGUGUGCCUCCAUGAAACUGGAUGUCAGCCACCCCAAGAAGAAAGGUGAUGACUCUGAUGAAGAUGAUCCAUUGGCUAUCAGUAAAAGGUGGACCUUUGAGUGGAGCAGCCGACGAUGGUCUCGCCUACAAGAUUUCCUAUUGGAUGGUACCAGUGAAAGCAGCCCGACGGGUCAGGGGGAGGGUCUGCACAGCACAGUGAGCAGUGAGAGCGUCUUGACAGAUCUGAGUGAGCAGGAAAUCACAGAAACCUCCUCACUCCACAGCGAGGACUCUACCUCCGCCAUGCCUGACUCCAUAUCUAUGGCAUCACUAUCUGCUUCCUACCAAGCACCACGAGAACUUCCACACUACAACUCCUUGCCAAUUAAAAGCAGAGGAGGGCGGAGUAAAGCCAAAGAAUUUUUGCGUCGAAUGGAAAUAAUGCGCACUUGGGGGCCCUCAACAAGGAGGAAAAGCUCAAAUCGCAGGCCACCACUGGUCAUCAGUGGACCGAUGUUACAGGGGGAGGAACCUCAUGCACUACAGAUACUUCAGUGCACUCCCAUUAGCCAGUUAGAACAAAGCUACCAAACCGAUGGUGAUCCAUCCUCUGUCUUCCAUGGCAAAGAUUCUCAAGACGAACCUGUGGAGAGUGUGAGCCCCUCUGAGACCACAGUGUCCAUUGUGAAGAAACAUGUGAGCGCAAAACCUCGCGCUGCUAGCAAGCGAAGCAUUAUGUAUCUAGAGGACAUGGAGUUGCCUUCUCAGGGUAAGAGGACUGAAGGACCAAGCCAGCUUGGCAGAAACCAAUUUCACUCCUAUGAAAAUCUCCUUAUUCACAUCCCCAAAGACCAUAAGCCAGGCACUUUUCCCAAAGCUCUUUCUAUAGAGAGCUUGGCUCCAUCCUCUGGUCACAGAAUCAAUUGUCCUCAAACACAGGCUCAAACCUCUCCCCCAAACAGUGGCUUGAGCCAGCCCUGGUCUGCUAAACCUCUGUCUAAGCUGGCCAGUUCUGGAUUUCCAAAAGGCAGCAGGGUGAGUGUAUAUGACAAUGUGCCGGGGUCCCACCUGUAUGCCAGCACAGGAGAUCUUUUAGAUCUUGAGAAAGAGGACAGCCUGUUCCCUCAUCUAGAUGACAUCGUCCAGCAUGUCAGUGGCUUGCAGCAGAUAGUGGACCAUUGGAGCCGCAACGUGCUGCCUGAAGGCGACGCAGGGGAUGGGGAGGAGGAAGGAGAGGGCAGGACAACCCCCAGCGAAGGAGAGAGAGAUGGGAUGUCUUUGAAUGACACAGACUCCACAGGCACCAAUCGGGAGAGACGGGACUCUGGGGUUGGAGCAUCAUUGACGAGACCACGUCUACGAUGGCCUAGUUUCAGGAUGUUGGAUCCUCUAAACCAACCGGCGUGUUCACUGCAGAUAAGUAGCCAAUCAGCAGGCCAGCUCAGCCUCCUGCAGAAGUUCUCUUUGCUUCGUCUCACCGCCAUCAUGGAGAAAUACUCCAUGUCUAAUAAACAUGGGUGGACAUGGUCUGUGCCAAAGUUUAUGAAGCGCAUGAAGGUACCCGACUACAAAGAGAGGAGUGUGUUUGGUGUUCCCCUUAUCGUCCAUGUUCAGCGUUGCGGUUUUCCACUCCCUCUGUGUUUACAGCAGGCCCUCAGCCAUCUCAGAACGCACUGUCUGGACCAGGUGGGAUUGUUUCGUAAAUCGGGGGUUAAAUCUCGGAUUCAGGCUUUGAGGCAGCAGUGUGAAUUGACACCUGAUUAUGUGAGCUAUGAGGAUCAGUCGGCUUACGACGUGGCUGAUAUGGUCAAACAGUUCUUCAGAGACCUACCUGAGCCACUGCUAACCAGCAAGCUGGGAGAAACCUUCCUUCACAUUUACCAGUAUGUCCCAAAGGAGCAGCGGUUGCAGGCCAUCAGAGCGGCCAUCUUGUUGAUGCCAGAUGAACACCGUGAGGUUCUGCAGGCAUUACUGUACUUCCUGCGGGAUGUCACUUCAUUGGUGGAAGAGAACCAAAUGACCCCAAUGAACCUGGCUGUUUGUUUGGGACCAUCGCUGUUCCAUCUCAGCUUACUGAAGAGUGAGGUGCUGUCACCAAGGGCAAUCCAGAGGAAGUACAGCACAGGCCGGCCAGAUCAAAAAGACCUCAACGAGAACCUGGCUGCCACCCAGGGUCUGGCACAUAUGAUCACUGAGGGUCAGCGGCUCUUUCAGAUCCCCGAGGAGAUGGUGACCCAAUCCCGCAACUCCUACAUGGAGGCUGAGCUGUAUGCAACGCCACUGGAUGAACUAUGCAAAGCUCAUGAAGAGGAAGUGGAUCAGGUUGAGGAAGAUGAGGAUGAAGACGGAUCCUAUCAUGCACACUUAGAAAGGCUGGUUCAGAGUCUGCUGAAGGAGGCCAAAGACAAGAGCAAAAGCUGGGUGUUUUGUUCCACUGCUGAUCACACAGAACUGGCAUUUAAAAAGGUAAGAGACGGCAAUGCUCUCAGGCGGUGGAGAGUGUGCGUGGAGGUGUCGGCACCACCCAGUGAGGUGCUGCAGCGUCUGCUGAACGAGCGUCAUCUGUGGCAAGUUGAACUGGAGCAAGAGAAGGUUUUGGAGACAUUGGAUAAACAGACAGAUGUGUACCAAUUUUCCUGCCGCAACAUGGCACCGCAGCCCACCUGUGACUAUGUGGUACUAAGGUCGUGGCGUUCUGACCUGUGUAAGGGCUUCUGUACGCUGGUGUGCAAGUCUGUGGAACACGAGGACAGCCCACGUAUGGGAGCAGUGAGGGGGAUUGUGCUGGAGUCACAGUACCUUUUAGAACCCUGUGGGGUUGGGAAGACCCGGCUCACGCAUAUCUCCAGAGUGGACCACAGAGGAAGAUCUCCAGAAUGGUACAACAAGGCAUUUGGUCAGCUGUGUGUUAACGAAGCCCAGAGAAUCCGCUCUUCUUUUCACCCCGUGGACCAGACAAGCACUGAGACCAAGAUCUGAAGUCGAGAAAUCAAGCUUCCUCUUGGGUAAUGAUGCCAGAACAUCUGAGCACGAGAACCGGGAAUAUAUGAGGAAUCCUUACUUAUGGACUUUAAAACGCUGCUGAGCCCCUCAGACUUGAACUGUACCAUACUGUACUGAUCCACAGUCAUUCACACAGACACAACGCAAGCAGUUUUUCACAGG